AUGGCUGUAGACGCUCCUGUUCUGGCAAAUAUCCUUGUAUCAGGCGGCACUGGCUUCGUCGGAUUGACAAUUUCUAGUGCCAUAGCAGAGAAGCAUCUGAAAUGCAAUAUCACCGUGUUAGACGUGAAACCGCCUGACUCCACACACUUUCUGUCAGCUGGUAUUUCCUUCAUUCAGGCAGACAUCACCUGUUCUGGUGAUAUAAAUAACGCUGUUCGGCGUGUUAAACCAGAAGCUUUCAUCCAUAAGGUAGGGAUAGUCCCGGUUUUAGGUGAGCGGCUGCUGCGGAAGCCAUGGAUGGUUCUUGAGGCAUCCAGCAGCUCAACGGUGACCUGCGCUCUCCGACCUUCGGUGCUCUGUGGGCCUGGAGAUAAUCAUUUGGUCCCUCCUAUUCACGCUUGCAUCGCAGAGGGGGAAACUCCCUUUAUGAUAGGUGAUGGCUUGAAUUUGUGGGAUGUUACAUACGUCACGAACGUUGCAGACGCCCAUGUUCUGGCCGCGGAGAACUUGGUGUCGACUAAAACUGCAGCAGGUGAAGCCUUCUUUAUCCAGAACAAUGAGCCCGUCACCUUCAGAACCUUCUGCUUGGCGGUCUGGGCCCAUUUCGGCCAUAUACCACCUUUCCAGGUCCACAUACCUGAACCGCUGCCGUACAUGGCUGGUUUGGUGUCCAAGGCUCUGACGUGGGCGAUGGAGACCGCAACGACAUUGAGCCGUGGAAGUAUCAAAGACGCAUGCUCCGUCCGGUAUGCUAGUGGAGAAAAAGCAAAACGCAUCUUAGGGUUGGAGGCCCGUAUUGGAAUUGAGGAUGCCAUUCGACUGAGCUGUGAGGAUUAUGCCCGCCGCUUGGGGGCUAAGAGUCUACCGCGAACGAAAAAUGCAUAG